CAGAACCAGUGUAGUCUUUGAAAAAGACAGUGACUAGUUAGCCUGCACUCAGUUAGUCCAAUGCAGAGGUAAAAAAUAACAUUUCUCCAAAAAAAGACGGAAAAAAACCUUUUAUAAGAGCCUACCUGGAUAUUUGAUACAACUUAAGAAAAAAAAACACGAAGCUAGUUGGUCUGUGAAGGUUUUGAUUUUCUCAAAAGGGAGAAAAAACAUCUGUCCUCGGCUGCUCCAGUACCUUUCCCAUCUCCGCAGCAUUUCCUGGUUUUACCAAGUGAAGUGGAAACCUUCAGUAGGUCAAGAAGGGGAAUCCUUUAUAGAAAUUGCUGUUUAAUUCUAUGGGAUGAAUGGAUCACAAAUCUAUCACAGCACAAAUGACUCAGAGCACAGCUAGCAGCAAGCCUGGAAUGAUCAAUGAAUUGACAUGAGAAAAUCCUGGCCGUUUACUACUUCAGUCUGUCAUGAUGCACUCUUCGGUAACUCACCAGUCAUAACACCAAACAUGCUGCCUUUGAUUAUUGACAUGAAACUUCAAAGCCAGAAAGACAGAAUGAGAAAGGAGUAAGAUAGAGACAAGGAUUAAGAUACAGGUAGAUGACGAUUAAGUGCCAUCAUGUCUUCCUGGUAUUUGCAUUCUAGAAGAUAUCCAAACCUUCAGGAUUGGAGACGAAUUAACAUAGCAAUAACGGUGCAUAAUGGGGCCUUGGGCAACCUACACAGUACCAAACUUGUGUGUAAAUGGCUUAAAAUAGGUCUUUUGAACCUUUGUCUCCUGUUUCUCUUCUUGCACCUGAUGGGCAAGUACAGAAGUAUUAACCUCCGAGCAGAAAAUGUGAGAGAAGAAACUGACUCAAAUUUUAUUCUUGCAAAAAGAAACUUUGUUCAACUUCCAUCCAACAUUCAAUUGUCUCGUAUGAGCAUUCCACGCCAUUUUCUCCUUCCCAGUGCAAAUACUCCGACAGAUUUGUACAAUUUAUACAAUGAAGUUCCUGAAACCCAUAAUAGUGACAUUGAAUGCAUACUGACAAAAACCACACCCAAAUUUCCAAUAUGUGUCUAUGAAUCAGAUGAGGACAAAUUCAUCUCCGCAGCACUUCGUUCUGGAGGAUUCUGGGAACCUCACAUAACAGAUGUCUAUCAAAGAGCAUUGGCAGCUGUCCCAGACGCAUUUGUAAUUGACAUUGGUGCUAAUAUUGGCUAUUACACACUCUUGGCCAUCAAAAUGGGUCACAUGGUUAUUGCAGUAGAGCCAUAUUGGGAGAGUGUGCGCCGCUUUCACAAGAGUAUCCAUCUCAACAACUGUACCAGCCAAGUUCUCCUGGCAGUAAAUGCAGUCUCCGAUAUGCAUGAAAAUGUGACAUUCAUUGACAAUGUAGACAACCAAGGUGGAGUGAGCGUGCGACAACUGGACGCCAUCGACCGUGAGAUUUUAAGUAAGGGUCACCCUCUCCCAACCGCAAGGACCAUUUUCAUCGAUGAUAUUUUGGACCUAACAGAUACCCCUGUUGCAAUAAUAAAACUAGAUAUAGAGGGAUAUGAAUGUAAAGCCAUGGGGAAGGCCACCACAUUCCUGGACACUGUCUAUGUCCCUUACAUCUUCAUGGAAUGGAAAAAGAUGUUUGUUGACCAAUUAAAACCAGAUUCACCAUGUCCCACCAAAAGCCUGCAAAGACUGUGUCAGCUGUUGACCAGCAGGGGGUAUGCCCCCUAUGAAGUUCGGACACAUAUAAAGUUAAACCCGGAGCGCAGUACCAAAAUUUGGAGGGUUGGAGACAUAUACUGGAGACACAAGUCUGCUAAAGUACUCUUCCCUCCUUGAACCAUGCAACAGCGACUAAAUUGUGGUCACAGCAAAGAAAGAUGAAAAAGAUGGCUUUCAUGGAAUCUUAGAUGAAUUGCCAGUAAAUUGAAGUGAAAGUUUGCACCAUACUGUGGGCUGCAUGAGGUAGACAAGACAGUUUUGGAGUGGUACAAUUUAUCUAGGCAACAGAGCUACAUAGGAUUUCUGCAAGCCUGAAUAAACUAGCCUAGCUUUCAUAACAGUUGGCAUUACAUGAUGUGAAAAGCCAAACAAUUAUUAGAAUGGCUGAGGUAGAGAAGUAGUGUCACAGAGCUUUGGCAUCAAAAUUAACUUGUUUCCAGUAUAUGCUGUAGACUGUACAAGGCAUGAGUUGUGCAUUUAUAUGUCAUCAUUUUUUUUUUUACUUUAGUAAUUUGUUGACAUACAUGUCAGUCUGUUAAGUAACUGACUGCAAUAUGAAUUUCCAUAUCAUCAUAUUAAUUGAAAUAAUGUUUAUAGCUAGAUCUAUAUAACUUAUUCAGAUUAAUAUUUUAUAACAUACUUUUUUGUACGACUGAUAGAGCAAGACAAUGUGCAAGACUUGUUAAAUAUUUGCAUUUCAAGUUGAAGACCACAUCAAAUCACCAAGGAAGUAUAUAUGCCUCCUUGGACUCACUAAAGAUUGGCUAUACAAUAAUAACAGAGUAGAAAAAAAAAUACUUUUUAGCCAAACACUUGCAAAAAUGGUGAUAUAUUAUAAAUAUCCCAGAUGCUUAGAAAAUCUUUAAAAUUUCCUCUACAAUUAUGUCACUCUAGUGUAUACUUAAAUAUUGGCAAUGCUAUUGUACUAAGUAAAUGCACACACACACA